GCGCUGGUAAAUAAAUGUCAGCAGUCGAUCGAUCUAGCCCUAAGGCUAUGCCGGAGACUGCCCACAUGUUGGACCAAUCUAAUUGUUGGCUACAACGCAUAGGGAGAACCCGACAUUUCAACCGGUAGAUGGAAUUAAUUUUGCGCAUCCGGUUUAGAACUUAAAACUAAUAAUCUCAAGUUAAUAUAUUAAUCUCUGUUGUAUGUAUACUGAAAAUAGCAGAACGACAUCAACUAAAACCAAGCAUCAUAAUCAGUCAAUAAUUUGCAAGCAGCCUGGUGUACUUUGAUGAACCGCGUAUACCUGGGCUAACUGCGUAUAAACAACAUUUCACGCGACUGGAAGUGCAUUUGCAGAUAAGAAGCGAUGGGUAAAAUAACACUCGCGUUUAUAUUGUUGUGUAUCUGUGUAGGACUGAGUGUCGCGCGACCCCGACGACGCCCCGGGGCUGGCCACGAGAGGAAAUGGGACCAUGGACGAUUGAAAGGCCAUGGGAGACACACGAGCCCGUCUUUUGACCCCAUCCCUUACAUGGGUCCUCAUUCGAGUGAAACGUCGGAUUCGUCCGAAGAGUGGGGCCGACCACAGCGGGGCAUGAAGCAUCACGGAUUCGGGAAUCGGUUUGAAAUCGGCCCUGGAAUGUUUGGCCUAGGAUUUGGUGGAGAAUUCGGCCUUCCAAAGUUUGAGCUGGACCUCGACUGGGGAGGAUUCGAUGACCAGGACGACACAAACUGGUGGGAGGGACCAAAUGUGUGCUACACUCAGUCGGAGAAAUUAGAGAACGUCACAGAAAUCACGUCGCAUUUCCGGUUUCAUUCGGUCAUCUGUGACGUCUCAGACACUACGUACAAAUGCUCCAACACACGUCACACACCGCGGGGCAAGAUGGUGCUCACGGAAGUGUACGAGUGCUGUGUGGGCUUCACACGCAAAGCCGAGGAGUUCGGCUGCCAGGAAGAGGUACCCCUGUCCAGCAUACCCGACCUCCUCGAGACGCUUGGGCUCACGGAGCUGACCAGUCUACUGGGCAGUGUGGGGCUUAGCUCGGAAGUCCUGGCUAGUGACAGCAACAACUUCACCGUAUUCGCACCUAGCAACGAGGUCCUCGCUAAGUUCGUCCUGCCUGCAUUGCAACGCCAUGGGGGCGUGGACAUGAUGAAGGAUAUCGGCUCGGUGGUGAUUGUGUCCCAGGAGAUCAGCGACUCUGUCAUUGAGGACACGCGCAACAUCCUGCUGGGUCACGUGGCCGUGGGGCGUCUGACGUCAUCACGCCUGACUGACGACAUGAUCGUGGAGACCGCCAGUCCGCUGAAGUCCUCUAUCCGGAUCAACACAUACGAGCAGCCGAAAAAGCUGGUGACGGCGAACUGCAAGCCGAUCACGAGCACAGACAACAUCGCCAUCAACGGCGUCGUGCAUGUGGUCAGUGACGUGUUGAUGCCAGUCACGAGCUCCUUACUAGAUAUUGUCAAAAAGAACCCUGAACUCAGUUUCCUCAAGACAGUCCUCGGCUCUUCCCACAGGGCGGCCACGCUGCGAGAGCCCGGAAGUUAUACAUUGUUUGCACCUACGGACGCCGCAUUCAAGAAACACGCGGACCUGCUCAACCGUUUACUCGGUGACGACAAAUGCAUGGGCAACAUACUGCAGAAUCACCUCCUACCAAACGUAAUCUGUUCGUCUGUAAUCGAGGGUCGCGCACAGACGAAAAACUCGCUCGGUAGAGCGCUGCAGAUGUCACGUGACAAGGAUAACAAGCUGUACGUAGAGGGCGCUCAGAUCAUCGUCAAGGAUCUCAUGGCUACGAACGGCGUUAUUCAUGUCAUUGAUGACGUCAUCAUACCGGACGAAGCGCUGAACAUCUUAGAGCUGGCCUCGAAGAAAAACUACAGCGAGUUUUUUAAGCUGGUGGAGCGAGCCGGGCUCAAAAAAGAUCUCGCGCUCGCGGAGAAUAUCACGGUGUUUGUGCCUAGCAACGAGGCUGUUAAGUCUUUGCCAGCAAAGGUUCUAGCUGAAGUGAUGUCAGACGUUGAACUACUUAAAAAGACAUUAAAAUACCACGUGGUUCCCGACUUGUUCGCAUGUCGGGGGCUGUAUAACAACAAGCUGCUUGACACGUUGGAGGGAACCAGCCUAAGAAUCAACGAGUACUCCACCUUUCCGUUCGGUCGAGAAUGGCUGCAGACGGUACAGUGCGCCUCGUUCGAGGCGGAGACGAUCAAGGGAUGUAACGGAAACAUCCUCGUCGUCAACAAGUUGCUGUCGCCACCCACCGGUGACCUGUUGGAUGUGCUGGCGAUGGACCGCCGCUUUUCCAACCUUACGGCGCUCCUCAAGGUUGCCGACAUCGCCGACAUGCUGCAGGAGGAAGGUCCUUUCACGCUGUUUGCCCCCACUAAUGAGGCCCUCAAGCGUCUCGGAAGUGAUGCCGUAGAAACCCUAAAGAAGAAUCCCUCGCACCUGAAAUCUCUGUUGAUGGAUCACGUGACUCGAGAUGUCAUCUGCUGUAAUGCCAUCAUGCGCUCGAACUGGUUUGACCAGCAGCGUGUAAGAACGCUGUCUGACAAGACUCUAAGUGUGCACAAAAACAGGGCUGAGCAGAGGUUUGUUGACAAGGCGGAGAUCAAGCAGUGCGAUCUGAUGGCCACCAACGGCGUUGUACACGUCAUCGAUGACGUCAUCUCUGAAAAGAAGCCACAGCGAGGCUGGCCGGCUGAUCGAUUUGAGGGAUGGUUUUGGGACUUUAAAUAAUCGGAUUUUACUUGAACAGAGGCGACUUGGAAAUAAAGGAUUGAUUUAUUCAAUUAACGGCUCUUUAUGCUUAAUAUAUAGAUCAUGGUUGCAUAGUAAAAUCUAGAUAUACUAAUGUUUUAUCCCUGGACACUCAACAUUAGACUUACAUAAAUAUGGAGCACACUAUAUUUAAAACUGGUCAGUUUUCAAUUUUAGAUUCAAACUUCAAAUGACUGGUAUUUCACUAUUUGAAAAAGUAUGUUUUGGCACAUAACUUUCGUUUCAAAUUAUCUAAUUAUAGCCAUAUAAAACAUCUUUUAGCAAGUUGACUUUCAGGCUAAAAUACGAAAAUUCGGUUGCACUUUUUAUUUUGAAGUACUUCAUGAUCUUCUAGACUUGUGUGUUAAAUAUGUCAUGUUAAAUAUCCGCCCAGUUUUAACGCUUGUACACAUGUAGUAACUCUUAAUAGUUCAAAUAAAGUUUGAUUUGCAGUGUU